AUGAAAACGCUUGAACAACUUGAGAUACAAAUAAUAUUCUAUCCCUCUGCGAAAAUGGGCAAAAUGUUAAGAGUGUUGAUAGUCUUGAUGCUAGAACUGGUGAUGAGAAUUCAAGGACAAACAGUCAGUAUGACUAUUCUUAAUAGUGCAAUUGCCAAAGGAGCAGUUUGUUUAGAUGGGAGCCCACCCGGUUACCAUUUCGACAAGGGUUUUGGAGACGGAUCCGACAAUUGGUUACUUAUUUUUGAGGGAGGAGGAUGGUGUGAAAGCACGUCAGAAUGCCUAAUUCGAAAAAACAUUUUUCGAGGAUCGACAAAUCUAAUGAAUAAAACUCUCCAAUUCAAAGGAAUUCUCAAUAAUCAGAAACUACUUAAUCCAGUUUUCUAUAAUUGGAACCGGGUCAAGAUCCGAUAUUGCGAUGGAGCGUCGUUUAUGGCUGAUGUUGAAGAAGUUGAUCCGGCGACUAAUCUUCACUUUAGAGGUGCAAGAGUUUUCGUCGCGAUCAUCGAAGAUUUAUUAGCGAAGGGGCUAAACAAAGCGCAUAAUGCACUUUUAGGCGGUUGCUCAGCUGGAGGAAUGUCAUCAAUAUUUAAAUGUGAUGAAUUUCGAAAUCUUUUAUCUAAAAGAACUAAAAGAACCAAAGUUAAAUGUUUAGCGGACGCUGGUUAUUUUAUUAACAGGAAAGACAUAGCUGGAAAAUCAUACAUUGAAACAAAAUUCAAUGGUGUGGUUCAAACUCAUAGAUUAGCAGGAAAUUUGCCUAAAACAUGUACUUCCAAACUUAGUCCUGGAUUGUGUUUUUUUCCUGAAAAUAUUGUUAAAGAUAUUCGAACGCCUUUAUUUAUUCUAAACGCGGAGUACGAUGUAUGGCAGGUUCAUAAUAUUCUGAUACCAACUUAUGCUGAUCCUAAACGUUCUUGGACUGAUUGCAAAAAUAACAUAGCCAAUUGUUCUCCUACUCAACUCAACACCUUGCAAGAAUUCAGGUCAGAUUUCAUUAAUGCAUUAGAAAAUGUGAAGAAAUCUGAGUACAAUGGGUUAUUCAUCAAUUCUUGCUUCGUCCAUUGCCAAACUGAAGUUCAAGAGAUAUGGACUGGUCCUAAUUCUUCUAAGCUUGCAGGGAAAACUAUGGCAGAAGCAGUUGGCGAAUGGUUUUACGACAAGAAUUUGUUUCGACAGUUGGAUUGUCCAUACCCAUGUGAUAAAACUUGUCAUAAUACCGUAUUGAAUGGAACUUCACCAAAGAGACCAAAUUAUAUAGAAUUUAAUAUCUAG